AUGGGGGCGGCUGGGCUAGAAAAAGUUCAUGAUUUAACGCAUGCCCUGUGUUCCCCAGGACCCACCAUGGAUCCCUCAGUCCUGCUGGCCUUAUCCUUGCUCCUGACUCUGUCCACACCUUGCAGUGCUUGUCAAUGUAAACGUCAGCACCCUCAGACAUAUUUCUGCAUGUCAGACAUUGUCUUACUUGUGGAGAUACUAGGACCAGGAGAAAACACUGUGCUAAAACGAAGUUUCAAAAUUAACACCAUUAAGAUCCUCAAGGGUCCCCAUCCCCUCCCACUAAUCAGUAGUAUCUACACCCCACUUCGUUCGGAUGACUGUGGAUAUCAGGGGACAUUUCCUGAACAAUCACAGUUACUUAUUGCAGGCUUCCUGAGGGCCGGAAGAUUGAACUUCACGAAGUGCCAUAUGAUAUAUCUCUGGAACCUGCUCACCAGAGAGCAGAAAAUAGGUUUCCAGAUAGCAUACAGAACAGGCUGCAAAUGUCACGUUCAACCCUGCCUCCUCUGCUCACUUGGCUGCCCUGAAGCUGAUCUCACAGAUUGUGUGUGGAAACAAAGUAAUUGUGAAUAUCAAUCAUGGAGUGGAAACCACUCCUUAAGCGCCAUGUGUAUCCCCUCCACAACUGGUCGCUGUGAAUGGACUAACGUCUCUAACGUCUACGCCUAG